GCGCACGAGAGGCGCGAGAUCGCCGCGCGGCAGCGGCUGCUCGUCAGCGUCCCCAGCUGUAGAUUUGGCAACCGCUGAGGAAACUUUUUUUUCCCCUUCGGCUCGGCGUUUUCUGCCCCCCAUUUCCGCAGAAUCAGGAUUUCCGUUUCCCUCCCUUUGAAAACGAGAAAAAAACCUCGUCAACUCGGCGGGGCGCUCUGCUCUCCGCUCUUGGCUAGGCGACGCCUCGCUCGGUUCCGCCGAGCAUGGAGCGACCCGAAGCAGAGGAUCCCGAGUCCGGCGACGCGGUUCCGCCGGGGGCUCGCCUGCUCCUGUCCUUCAAGGAGUUUCUGAGCUCCUGCAAAGGGAGGCUCCUGCUGGCCGAGGCGGUGCUGUCGUUCAUCAUCUUCAUCUGUUUUAUUGCCUCAUCUGCUGGGUCUUUCCUGAUUGUACCACUAUUAACACUUCUGGCAGCCCUGUGUUUUUUCUUUGCCUAUUCUUUAAAGCUUAAUGAGAGGUUCAAAGCCGUCUACUGGCUUUUGGCGGAUUUUUUAUGUGGCAUCAUUGCUGCUAUUAUAUAUUUUGCCAUCUCGAUUGCCGCAGUCUCAAAAUAUUCUGACACAGCAUCCAAGGCAGCAGGAGUGCUUGGAUUCAUCGCCACAGUUGUCUAUUGCGUUUACGUCUACCUAACCUUUAAUGACCUGAUGACAUAUCUCAAGCAAGGAGAUUCUUCAGAUGCUCCUGAGCCACGUAAAUCAGAAGAUGAUGACUCGGAUUCAGAUUCCGACUGAAGCACCAAUGCCAAAAGGGGAGGACAAUGGGCACACUCUUCUUUUAGCAACAGUAACCUUUUUAUGAACUUUUAUUUCCAUUGCACAGAUCAUCACCAAAGCCACUGCUGAGGAUAUGCUAGUCUCAUGAAAGACUUCCUCAGAAAAAACUGCUGCUGUUUGAGCCUGGAUGUUUUUCUCUGUCUUUUCUCAUUCAGCACUAAAAUGUACUGUUCAGUAAAUUUUCUUAACCUUUUUUUUAAAAAAACAGACUAUAAUCAGGGUUGCGUACAUUAAUGAUUGUAUCAGACAAGCAUGAAACCU